CAGACAGCAGCAGCAGCAUUAGCAUUUAGCUUUGUGAUUUCAUUUUGAUGUGUGCAAAGAACUCCAGGAGGAAACAUGUCACAGCCAACCAUCACGGUCAUUGUUGCAAACGGAUCAAUUAAGCACAGCAUCACAUUAACUGUUCCUGAAGAAGGGAAUGGUCCGACUGUCAAAGACUUGUCGGAUGCUCUCGUUCAGACCACCGGAGUCCCAGCAGCCUCACAGAAACUCAUUUUCAAAGGAAAAUCGCUGAAGGACAUGGAGGAGAGUUUAUCCACCUACGGGAUAAAAGGAGGCUGCAAGCUCAUGAUGAUUGGAAAGCGGAAUAGUCCUGAGGAAGAAGCAGAACUGAAGAAGCUGAAGGACAUUGAGAAGUCUGUGGAGCUAACGGCUAAAAAGCUGGAGAAAGUAGACGGGGAGUUAACUGGACUCAAGAAUGGCUUCCUGGCCAAAGACCUGCAGGCAGAGGCUCUGGGGAAACUAGACAACAGAGUGAAAAUAGCAGCUGAGCAGUUCAUGAAGAUUCUGGAGCAGAUAGAUGCCAUGAGCCUCCCAGAAAACUUCAAUGACUGCAAAAUGAAGAAGAAGGGACUUAUAAAGACAGUGCAGGAUUUCCUGGCCCAGUGUGACAAGAUCGAGGCCUGUAUAUCGGAUCACCUAACAAAGGUCCAGUCGAAAAACCUUGCCCUGGUAGAUUAGCGCAACAAAGCCUCCCUCGUCUGCUUUACGUUGCUCUGUGAGCAACUGCGACGUGUACAGAAAGCUUCGAGUGUGGAGCAGACCCUUGUUUAUUUAUUGUUGGUGUGAAGUGAAAUCCCUCAUCACAGGCGGUCGUGGGAACAAAAGGAGGCUGGUUAACGACAGCGAUUCACGGAUACAUUCUCUCGGUUAAAGACUGAUAUGAUGAGCUUUCUGAGAUAUUUUAACCACAUGCACUCAGAGGUGCUUUGAAUUGUGGGAAAUUAAAUACUGUGGAUCAUUUUAAUGCAUCUGAAACUUGUGAUCACUGCUCUGUACCUAUUAAUAUAAAUUGUUUUGUACGGCAGUUUGUGGACGACCAAGUAAAAUGAGACUCAGAAUCCCAAAUGAUUCUUUCUCUGGUCACAGCCUGCACUGUUCUUAGGAGGCCUUUCUGUACAAUUUGGGAACUUCACACACAAGUUUUGGGCCCUUACACCUUGUGUUCCAGGUAACACCAAAGGAGCUGGGUGGGUUUGACUACAGGGAUCUGUGCAGGCUGGUCGAGUCGUUUCCACUUGCUCUCUGCAGCAGGAGUUGCUGAAUUUCUUUGUCAUGUUAGUAAGAUAAUUAAAGAAAACAAAGUGUAGCCCAAGACCACAGUACACAGCACUGUCCACACACUUUUGGCCAGUUUAUGUAUUUACUGUUUCAUUACCUCAUGAGUCAGUACAAAACUAGCAUUUGUUCAUUGCAGUGAGUGUUCAUGUGUGUGAACUGUGGAGUUUCAUUUGCUUAAAACCAUUUCAGAAGGACACCCAGUUUUCCUUUGUUUUAAAAAAUAAAAACUUUUUGAAAUAUGAAAA